AUGAACCCUGACGCUCUUCUGGAUUCAGGGGUCGUCAAUGUUGCUGGCGGAACUCAUGAAUGCAAGUACCUCGGUCUGCGUGCCCAUCGCAUGUCUUUCCCAAAGUUGGGUCUCGCCCUCGAACCCUAUCUGCUCAUUCGGCAGGAAUAUGUUGAUGCAUGGCAGUAUUUGGUCGGCGAGUUCCAGCCUGACCUGGCUGUGAAGGAUCUUAGAGGUGUAUCGAUUAUCGGACAGCCAGGAAUCGGGAAAUCAUUCUUGUUGGUCUAUUUGUUUAUAGAACGCAUGAAGGCUGGUUUGCCGGCGGCUUUUCAGCUGCGCGAUCCCCAUUCUUUUCUAAUCGAUGAGCACAGCGUCACCGCAUCAUCAAGUGUCAAUUCAACCUGUCUCAAUGAAUACCCUCAUAUCUGGUGUCUAUCAGAUUCUAAUACAUAUACUACGAUACCUGCAUCGGCCUUCUUCGAUGGCACGUUCCACGUAAUCCAGGCUGCUUCUCCUCUUGAAGCUCGCUGGAGAGGAUGGACCAAGGGAUAUCUGGCGAUGAAAUACUAUAUGAACGUUUGGGAGAGGAAUGAACCUGCCGCGCUUGCACGCUGUUUGUGGGGGCAGCACGCAGUCCGAGACUUUCUCGACCUUGCCUCUAAAUGGGGUCCAUCACCUCGCGAUCUGGUUCGAGCCUCCACAGACCCAUCCGUUGAAGACAUUGUUCUCGCAUCCAUCGAGCGUGCUGCACAAACAUUUGAUGGCGUGUAUGGAAUUCAGCCGGCCCUUAGUUCGGAGCAUUCGUCAGCCGAGAAGGGACUAGUGAGGCUAGAAAGCGAGCUACCUGCAGAGCAUAGGCGCAGGGAGAAGACAAGGUUUGUGAUCAUUGGUCAUGGAAGUUGGGAAAGAGGAUAUGCGGCUGCAAAAGACCAACGAAGGAGAUUGUUGGUCGCGUGGGGGAAUGUCACGAUUGGAUACUUCAUUCCUCUUAGACUGCGAGGGCAUGAUAUUGUGAGUUCACCUGAGGACUGA